AUGGCAAGUGGAGAUAAUAUAACUGUGGCCAUCGCACAAGUGCCAAAUCAGACACCUGUGAUUCAAGUGCCUCAUUCUACAAAUCAUGCAAAGAGACCAGAGAAGUUCGAUGAAGCAAAUUUUGAGAGGUGGCAAUACAAAAUGUUGUUCUACUUCACUACGUUGGGUCUUUCGAGGUUUCUGACUGAAGAUGCACCACCUAGUAAUAAAAAUAGUGACAAAGAAACACUCAUGGCAGUGGAUGCGUGGAAACAUUUCAUUUACUUAUCUCAAAAUUAUAUCCUGAAUAACCUAUCAAAUGCCUUGUAUGGAGUGUAUUGUAGCAUAAAGUCAGCAAAAGAGCUAUGGGAAACUUUGGACUGGAAGUACACAACUAAAAAUAUUGGGUCAAGAAAGUUUGUUAUAGGCCAAUUCUUGAACUACAUGACAAUGAAUACCAAGCUAUUGAUGAGUCAAGUACAUGAGUUGAAAGUACUCAUUCAAGAACUUCUUGCUGAAAGAAUGUUGAUUAAUAAGACCUUUCAAGUAACUGCUAUGAUUGAGAAACUACCACCUAGUCGGGGAAACUUCAAAAAUUAUCUCAAGCAUAAGAAAAAUGAAAUGAAUAUGGAGGCUCUUGUUGGCAACCUUCGUAUCAAAGAUGACAAUAGGAGAUCUGACAAAAGAUCCGUGAAGGCCAUGGUGAAGGCCAAUGUUGUGGAGCAUGGGAAGUAUGUAACUCCGUUUGGAGAGUAUUGUGCUCAACAUGGCACUAUACAUGGAGGUACUCCAUCAUAUUCGCCACAAUCAAAUGAUGUGGCUAAACGGAAAAGUAGAACUUUGAAAGAAAUGAUGAACGCAAUACUGAUAAGUUCUGGAUUACCUUAG